AUGUCAUUUGAUGGGAAAAAACAUUUUUCAGAAGAAGAGCAGCCAAACGGACAUGAUACAAAACAAGACAGACUACAUCUAAUCACCAACGGUUCUCACACCAGAUACGAUGGCACAGAAACACAAGAGGAGCCCAAAAAGACAAAGGCACCACGAGUUGGUUUCUUUGAGCUGUUCCGUUACGCCAGCAAAUUGGACGUGGUUCUUAUACUCGUCGGUUCCCUGUCGGCUAUCGUGAAUGGCAUGGGCUGGCCAAUGCUGAUUGUCUUCUUCGCUGGAACCAUACAAGACUUCGUCGACCAAGGGAAAUACGAAAACCUUCUAGAUAAAUACCCGGGGAUCUUGCUGUUAUUAAACAAGACCAGGAAUGAGUUAGCCACGGACAUUGAGAUAUUCAAGCCAUAUUGCACAAAGCUGAACAUCAUCUUCAAUGAGUCAAUAGAUUGCUCCAAAGUAGAUGAUUUUGACAAUGUUUUUGAUGAAAUGAAGGAUAUGGCAGUUACAUAUAUUGGUAAGUAA